CUGACACCCACACACAGCACUGGGACUGACUGCAAUGCCCGAUUCCAGUCCCGUCUGGCCACUCACACUUGCAGUCUUGACCUUGUGGGGGAACUUGUAGGUUCUUCUUGUUCUCCGGAUUCUUUUGGGAAAAAAAUCACAUAUUUUCCCCAAUACCUCUUCUAGUCUUCCAUUUUCCGUCCUUCCCGUCACCAGUUCCCACUUGAUCACUCAUUCCUUGUUUGUGUGUCCCCAGUUCCACGCACCACAUUGGUUGGGCGGAGGGUGCGGAGGGUUUGUUGAUCCUACCUUUUUUUUGUCCUCUUCCGAUCCAUUCGUGUUUUCCUCCUCGUCUCCCUCUCAUCUCCAAAAACACCCUGGUCUGGUCUCACCUGUUGCACCACCGCCGCUUAGUCCGAUACCCGGCAUCCCUUCGUCCCUUGCAGGUCAGAUCCAUCUUGUCACCUGGCUGAGCCACGGGUCUUUUCGACCAACAAUCGGAUACGGAUACAUUUCUCGUCGACAUCUAUGAACACGGCCACUUUGAUAGAACAACAUCUUUAGUCCUGCCUCAACACACCUUCGCACACCAUCCGAAGGUGCCGAUAGACAUGAUUUACACCCUCCGGCGGGCGACCAUUUUCGUCACCGCCCUCACCAUCUUCUCCGUCUUGGUCCUAACCUUCCUCCCGCGCUACCUCAAUCCUACGCCUCCCGAUGCCGAAGAACGAAAGCGAGACAGACAAUGGGUCAACUCCUCCCCAUACUGGUUCGAUCGCCAGGUCUGCCGAUACCUUGGCCUGUGCGGUAUUCAGCACAUCCGAUGGGAUGCGCCCACUCUGCCCGGUUGGGGUCGGGGUCCCAGCUCUGACCUCGACAUGAAGGAAGAGAUAGCCAAAGUGCUCGGUGUUGGUGACUGGGACGAUGACGGAGCGGCAGUCUUUGUCAACAAGCCCGGCACCGAAUCUUGGGAACAUGCGCCAGGCCAUGUCGACCUCAAGCGCAAGCGAUCCGAGUCUUCCGACACGCUGCAAAAAGUCCCCCAGUACGUCCUCGAUCAUGCGCCGCUCGUCCACCUCUACUCGGGCGAACAUUUUUGGCCUUCGGACAUGGCUGAGCACGUCAAGCACAUGGGCCUCCUCGACGACGAAGACGGGUCGGUGAACAGGACGGACGAACUUGAUCUGGGGAGUCUCGCUAGGCUCAACGCCAAGAACGGCACCGUCUUUCUGACGAGCAUGGAUGAUGUGGAAUCCAGGCCCGAGUGGCUCCACAACCGAGCCGGGAUCCCCGUCGAGUAUGAGGAUGACGAUGGUGAUGACGAGCACGACGGAAACCCCGACAAGAAAAUCCCCGGAAACAACCCGACGGUGCCUACGGACGGAAACACGUGGUGGGACGCCGAUAAACAGCACCCGCCGAACCGGAUCGUCGCUCCCCGGCAUCGCAAGGGCGGUCCUUCAUUGCGUCGCGAGAAGCGCUUCAUGCAGGGUGACGAUGAGCCGCAGCGUCCCAUUGGCGGCACCCCUUCCGACGGAGACAAGAACAAGCCCAACCCGAGCGGUUAUUCGAAUGGCCCCGCCGUGCUCAUCCUUGUCGACAAAGGGGCCGGCAUUCUGGACGCCUUCUGGUUCUUCUUUUACUCGUACAAUCUGGGGCAAACCGUGCUGGGCAUCCGCUUCGGCAACCACGUUGGCGACUGGGAGCACUGCAUGGUGCGCUUCGACAACGGGAUCCCGAAAGCCAUGUUUUUGUCGGAGCACGCCGGCGGAAAGGCCUACGCUUGGCCUGCUUUGGAGAAGAAGGCCCAACCCAACGGCAAACCACCCCGUCCGGUGAUUUAUUCGGCAGUAGGAAGUCACGCCAUGUAUGCCACGCCUGGCUUGCACCCCUACGUCUUGCCGUUCAAGCUUCUGAAGGACGUGACCGACCGCGGUCCUCUGUGGGACCCUGCUCUCAACCACUACAGCUAUUGGUACGACUACGAGGCCGGGCUGAACGAAACCGAGUCACCCUCAUCCCCUCAGUCGCCCUACCUUGGCAACCCUUCCGAUCCUCCAAAGGAGUACACCUCCUUGGUCCCCGCGGCGGAUAAUCCAAAGGCUCCAACAAGUUGGUUCCACUUUGAAGGAGCGUGGGGCGAUGACGUCUAUAGUCUGGCGGACUAUAGGCAGUGGAGGCUGUUUGGCGAGUAUCACUACAUUGUCGGACCGCUGGGGCCCAAGUUCAAAUACUUGGAGAGGAGGAAGGUGUGCCAGACAGACAAGUGUACGAUGCUGUGGAGCAUUGAGGACGGGGAGAAGAGCAGUUGGUAUUGAUGGCGGGGCUUGCAUAUAUCUUUUGGAUGUGCGCGGCAGUAGAAGGAGUUGGUUUUGCGAUGCUUGAUUCUUUUUCUUCUUUUCUCGGUUAUUGCGUUGCUGCUUUUUUUUUGCGACAUGAUUGAUACCUCUACGAUACCCACUGCUCACUUGCAUGGAAAGCAUGGAAGAAGAACUGUUUACACAUACAGCAUUGGUCUCAUGGCCUAUACAAGGAGUUGACGAUGAUGGCGAUCCAUGUUGGACACUGAUCGGCACGGCAUUUGAUGGCCCGCCCUGUGGGCACGAGGCGUCUAGAUACGGCGAUGACAUGAUAGAGCAUGAUCUUGACUUUGACGGUGACAGGCGAGAAGUUUAUACAUUAUUGAAUUUACUGUACUUGUUUGUCUAUUUGUCCCGGCUGCUUCCGUUUCGAUCGCCAUGCCCUAUGUCUUUUGACGUACGUCGUUUCUCCUCAACCCUUUGUCAACCUGUCAACCUGUCAACCUGUCAUCUUCAACGCCAUACUAGAUGCGUGUCACCACACCUGGAGCUUUGAGCAAGACGUGUUCGGAGCAGUCAUCUCGCGCCGUCCUGAUCCCGAUUGAGCGGAUGAGGAAGGACUUGUUGGGUUGACAUCUACGCCACUUGUUUCAUACGUGCUUUUCUUCCAAUCAUACAAAAGCCAUCUCUCGUCUUUUCCUGAUGUUGCUCGACGGCUUUCGCGCGGAGACUUGCCCAUUGGUCGUUCGUUGUGCGCCUCCUUGGCGAAGUCCGGAUUUUGGUGUGGUGGAUGGAGGGGUCCUCCAAUUCCAGUUACCGGGUCAGUUAUCCCGCUAUCAGUCACCCCGC